AUGCCAAAGCAAGGUGGUGGCCUCAUAGAUGGCAGGGGAGAGAAAUGGUGGAAUCUUCCCUGCAAGCCUCAAAAAGGAAUUAAUGGAACAACAAUGCCUUGUCCCUGCGAUAGCCCAGUAGCUAUCAGGUUUUUCAUGAGCUCUAACUUGACUGUCCAAGGACUUAAGACCAAGAAUAGUCCCCAGUUCAAUUUCAGGUUUGAUGCUUGCCAUGACGUUCGUGUAGAAUCACUAACAAUCAAAGCACCUGCUCAAAGUCCCAACACGGAUGGAAUUCACAUAGAGAACACUAAUAAUGUGCAAAUAUACAAUUCAAUCAUAUCAAACGGUGAUGAUUGCGUAUCCAUUGGAGCUGAUAUAAAGAAUAUAACUUGUGGGCCAAGUCAUGGAAUAAGCAUUGGUAGUCUAGGGAUCCACAACUCACGAGUUUGCGUUUCAAAUGUCAGCGUUUCUGAUUCGGUCAUCAAGCAUUCUGACAAUGGCGUCCGAAUCAAAACCUGGCAAGGCGGCUCAGGCUGUGUGUCCGGGGUUAAAUUCCAUAACAUUCGUGCGGAUGCUGUUCGUAAUCCUAUCAUCAUAGAUCAAUACUACUGCCUCACCAAAACCUGCAGUAACCAAACAAGUGCGGUUGUGAUUGAUGACAUUUCCUGUAGUAAUAUUAAGGGCACAUAUAAUGUUAGAAGGCCACUAGUGCGUUUUGCUUGCAGUGAUUCGAUCCCAUGCACAAACCUGAGGCUGGCAGAUGUAGAGCUGCUUCCCACCCUCGGACUGAUCCUGGCAGACCCAUUUUGCUGGAAUGCUUAAGGAGCUGUCCUGACGCAUACUAUUCCACCAGUUUAUUGCUUGAUGGAGGAAACACCACAGCUGCUAGCCCACAAUUAUGCUGAUAGAUGUUGAAUCAGAUUAUCAUGUAAAAAUGUUUAGAUUAAUCAACUGUGUCGAGUGAUAUAGAUCAGGAAAAAGAAACUUCUCUUAUCAUGGGAUUUUACAUCAGCAACCUCCAUCCUUUCUUUAAUUAAUAAAGGUUUGAAACCAAUACUUUGGCUACCAUUUCUAUAUGCCAUCAUGGGUUGGAAUGAGUAGUUAUCUACUUUCAUUGAAUCAAUCCAUGGUGGGAGGUCGGUGCACGAGAUUAUCUUCCCUAUCACCCAUCAUUCUCUCUCUCUCUCUCUCUGUCCCUACAAACACUUUAGGUGGGGCUGCAUCAGAGUGACUUGAUGUGAGCACUCAACAACAUUACUCUGAUAAUAAAGUCAAGCUCACAAACUAUUUUAAUCACUUUGUACUGCAAAGUAUUGACAUGGGAAGGAAUUGAAUGAUUUGAAUUUGCAGAAACAAACUCAAAGAACUGGACAACCCAGGGGCAAAGAUUAUAACUUUUCUUUUCUUGUUAAGUGUUCUGGACUGCUUCAUGCACAUUGAUGGACCUAUACCAAUCACAGCAUGAAAUGACGUUAGAUUAAGCUGGCUUGCAACUCAUAGUGUACAACAGACAGAAAUGUUUAACAAGAAACUUGGUAUAAGGAUUGAUGGUGAAGGUGACAAUGAGAAAGUGAAAGUGAUCUGAAGUGUGCAAAACCUCCCCGAAAAUGUGAUAGUUCAAUUCUUUUUUCAUUUUAGCUUCUGCACUAUAUGAACAGAU